CAGUCCACGGCCUUGCCGCCCCAUUCGAAUUUUGGCCGUUGAAAUUGUUGGACGUUUGGAUGUUGGCAGUGAGUGCGCUGCAUUUCUUUUCUUCCAUCCAAAAAAAAAUACGUGAAGAGUCCGCCGACGAGCACACCUCUACGCGCGCAGGUGUUUGUCAUUGUGUGCGUGCCGUACCUAUGCUUAUGUGAGUGUGUGUGAUAGUGUCUGUGCCUGUGUGUUGUGCGAGUGUGAAGAGUGACACAACACAACAACAACAACAGCAGCAGCAGCAGCAGCACGGGGCCGCAAUCAGCUGUGAAGGUGCGAAAGCAAAAUGCAAAUCGAAUAAAUGGUUGGCCAAAAAUUACGAAUUAUCAGCGCGAAUUCUCCCGUAAAUUCCAUAUCUCCGAAAUCGAAACGAAGCGUGCGGCUCUAAAUCAAUCGGAAAAAAACUAACAAAAUAAUUUUCAAAAAUAUUUCAAACAAAUAAUAUACAAACAAAGGAACACAGAAGCAGCAAUCGGCGUUAAAGUGUUUACCAUAAAUUUGCUUGCGGAUGAGCAGCAGUUGGAGGAGGUGAAGAAUCCAAGGAAUCCAAAGAGAGUGCUGCAGAGGGAGGAGUAUCCAUCAGCACAGCCGCAGAGAGGAGGAGAAGCCGUCAUUUCAGCAGCAGGUGGAUUGCGCGGGGCCUUCGGUCACGCUUCGAAACGCAGGGUUUUCCUUUGAAGGAAAUUCGGGAAGAAUAGAAGUCCAUGUGGAGCUAAGGACCCCCCAUCCCCGAGGAGUGCAACCGCAGUUCUUCCCACAAUUUUGAAGAUUGUCCAGACAUAUCCCACAGCAAAAACCAGACUGAUUCGAGAGCAGACUCCAAGGAAAACUAUAUUUUGAUAUCUUCCAGAACAGAACAGAACAGAACAGAGGAGAGGAGAGACCACAUAUCAGUGGAGAAAGGAGUGAGGGAAUCAGAGAGGACAUAUCAUAAAUCACUUUUCUCUGUUUCUGGGAAUUGAUUAAUGUUGCGUAUACGCCAUGUGCGCCCUUGCCGCGGACCAGAAGGACCAGAGGCCUCGUAACUAAGUGAAAGCCGCCGCAGAAAGUCCCGCAAAAAGCGGGAGAACGAGAGAGCGUGAGAGAGAUUUAGUGUAUCCGUUGGCACCUUUCUUUGGGGAAAAGCCCGUGCAAGAAAAACCACACAUCAGCGAAACGAAAACAAACAAGCACCAAAGAUGGCCUUCAUCUGGCGUCGACGCUCGACGACAAUCGUGAAGCUGGUGGCCUUCCUGCUGGCCAUCUGGUUCUGCAUCGCCUUCCUCGUCUACACGGACGACACACGGCGUCGUGCCGCCCAGGAGGCAGGAGGUGCCUCGGGCAGCGCCGUAGGAGGCGCUCCCCUCGGAGAUCCCGUUGCCCUGCCCCUGAGGAACGGGGACGGCGACCCGGCCGAUCCCCUCAACGACGACAUCGGCCUGAAUGGCAAUGUCAUCAUCGGAGCAGGUGGCGGUCUACGCAAUGAGCUGGAGGAGGCGGACAUUCCGCCCACCGCCGCCAAGCCCAAAAUAAACGAGUCCGGGCGCCAGUCCGCUGACAAGAAGCCCCGGAAGAAGGCGGCCCCCAUUCCGCUCAAGCCAAAGCUACAAGACGAUACGAAAAAGGUAAUAGAUCCGCCUGGCAACUUCGAUGAGAAUCUGGGGGAGAUGGGCAAACCUGUCACGUUGCCCAAGGAGAUGACCGACGAGAUGAAGAAGGCCGUGGAGACUGGCUGGACCAACAAUGCCUUCAACCAGUAUGUUUCCGACCUGAUAUCGGUGCACCGCACACUGCCGGAUCCCCGGGAUGCCUGGUGCAAGGAUUCGGCCCAUUAUCUAUCGAAUCUGCCUGCCACAGAUGUCAUCAUUUGCUUCCACAACGAGGCCUGGACCGUACUGUUGCGCACAGUGCACUCGGUGCUGGACAGAUCCCCGGAACACCUCAUUGGCAGGAUUAUCCUGGUGGAUGACUACAGCGAUAUGCCGCAUCUCAAGACGCAACUAGAGGAUUAUUUUGCCGCCUAUCCCAAGGUUCAGAUUAUCAGGGGGAAGAAGCGCGAGGGCUUGAUUCGUGCCCGCCUCCUGGGCGCCCAGCAUGCCAAGUCGCCAGUUUUAACGUAUUUGGAUUCCCAUUGCGAGUGCACUGAAGGCUGGCUGGAACCGCUGCUGGAUCGCAUCGCCCGGAACUCCACCACCGUUGUCUGUCCCGUCAUCGAUGUCAUCAGCGAUGAUACCUUGGAGUACCACUAUCGCGACUCCAGCGGCGUCAAUGUGGGUGGCUUUGAUUGGAAUUUGCAGUUCAGCUGGCACGCGGUGCCCGAGCGCGAGAAGAAGCGCCACAAUAGCACGGCGGAGCCCGUGUACUCCCCCACGAUGGCCGGUGGGCUCUUCUCGAUAGACCGGGAGUACUUCAACCGCCUGGGGACCUACGACUCUGGCUUCGAUAUCUGGGGCGGCGAGAAUCUGGAGCUGUCCUUCAAGACCUGGAUGUGCGGCGGCACUCUGGAGAUUGUGCCCUGCUCCCAUGUGGGCCACAUCUUCCGCAAGCGUUCCCCUUAUAAGUGGCGUUCGGGCGUGAAUGUGCUGCGAAAGAACUCGGUGCGACUGGCGGAGGUCUGGAUGGAUGAGUACUCGCAGUACUACUACCAUCGCAUCGGGAACGACAAAGGCGACUGGGGCGAUGUCAGCGAUCGUAAGAAACUGCGGGAGGACCUGCAGUGCAAGAGCUUCAAGUGGUAUCUGGACAACAUCUAUCCCGAGCUCUUCAUACCCGGCGAUGCGGUGGCCCAUGGCGAGAUAAGAAACCUAGGUUAUGGCGGUCGCACCUGCUUGGACUCUCCAACCGGAAAGAAGCACCAGAAGAAGGCCGUUGGUCUCUAUCCCUGCCAUCGCCAGGGCGGCAAUCAGUACUGGAUGCUGAGCAAGGUGGGGGAAAUACGACGCGACGACUACUGCUUAGACUAUGCCGGCAAGGAAGUGAUACUCUAUUCGUGCCACGGCGGCAAGGGAAAUCAGUUUUGGACAUAUCGUGAGAACACCAAGCAACUGCAUCACGGCACCUCCGGCAAGUGUCUGUCCAUCAGCGAGAAGAAGGAUCAGCUGCUCAUGGAGGAAUGCAGCCAGUCCCUGACUCGACAGGAAUGGUUGCUGGAGAGCUACGAUAGCUCCAAAUUGUGAGGCUACUUCUAUGCGAGGGGCAACGUCCUGUUGCCCACUUCGCAGCGCCAUCGACAACGAGACAGGCGAGCAUAGCAGCAGCGGCAGCAGAAGCAGAAACAGCAACAAAAGCGGCAUUGGAAAGUGGAGUCAGAGUGGGAACAGGAGUUGGAAUAGAUUUUCCCCUUUUCUAUUCCAGGCAUGUGCAAUACGCAGGAAAAUGUAGGGAGAAUGGGGGAGUUUGUCAUCAGCAUUAGUUUGCCAUGCUAUAUAAAUAUGAUUAAAAUUUAUAUGUUUCCAAGCAACAUAAUAUAUGUUACAUAGCUAUAAGAAACACACACAGAUCUACAGAGAGAUAGACAUACAGACGAACAGACACUUACACUUACAAAAAAAGAGAACGACUGCUGUACAGUAGCUAUAAGUUUUGUAGGCCUAAAGUCAGGAUGACUUUGGGGCCGUUAGGUUAGAAUCAAGCCAAGACAAGUGCUGGCAAAAAAGAAAAACAA